AUGAAGAAAUGGGGGAGCUCAGAAUCACGGGAAUCUCAGGACCUGCCUCAAGAGGACUCCUGCCCAGACCCCCUAGAUGGAGACCCUAACUACAGGCCAGCUCCAACCAAGCCCCACAGCUUCCCCACGGCCAAGAGCCGCAGCCGGCUCUUUGGCAGGGGUGACUCGGAGGACACAUCCCUCAUGGACUGCUCUUAUGAGGAAGGCCAGCUGGCAUCCUGCCCAGCCAUCACCAUCAGCCCUGUAGUCAUCAUCCAGAGGCCUGGGGAUGGCCCCACCUGUGUCAGGCAGCUGUCCCAGGACUCUGCUGCCCCUGAGAACCUCAAGCUCUACGAUCGCAGGAGGAUCUUUGAAGCAGUUGCUCAGAAUAACUGUGAGGAGCUGGAGAGCCUGCUGCUCUUCCUGCAGAAGAGCAAGAAGCAUCUCAUGGACAGCGAGUUCAAAGACCCAGAGACAGGGAAGACCUGUCUGCUGAAAGCCAUGCUCAACCUGCACAACGGGCAGAAUGACACCAUCCCCCUGCUCCUGGAGAUAGCCCGGCAGACGGACAGCCUGAAGGAGCUCGUCAACGCCAGCUACACAGACAGCUACUACAAAGGCCAGACGGCGCUGCACAUAGCCAUCGAGAGGCGGAACAUGGCGCUGGUGACCCUGCUGGUGGAGAACGGGGCUGAUGUCCAGGCUGCGGCCAAUGGGGACUUCUUUAAGAAAACCAAAGGGCGACCUGGCUUCUAUUUUGGUGAGCUGCCUCUCUCCCUGGCCGCGUGCACCAACCAGCUGGGCAUCGUGAAGUUCCUGCUGCAGAACUCCUGGCAGCCAGCUGACAUCAGCGCCAGGGACUCAGUGGGCAACACGGUUCUGCACGCGCUGGUCGAGGUGGCCGACAACACGGCUGACAACACCAAGUUCGUGACGAGCAUGUACAAUGAGAUUCUGAUCCUGGGGGCCAAAAUCCACCCUACGCUGAAGCUGGAGGAGCUCACCAACAAGAAGGGGCUGACGCCGCUGGCUCUGGCCGCCCGGAGUGGGAAGAUUGGGGUCUUGGCUUACAUUCUCCAGAGGGAGAUCCAGGAGCCUGAGUGUAGGCACCUGUCCAGGAAGUUCACCGAGUGGGCUUAUGGGCCUGUGCACUCCUCACUCUACGACCUGUCCUGUAUCGACACCUGUGAGAAGAACUCGGUGCUAGAGGUGAUCGCCUACAGUAGCAGCGAGACCCCUAAUCGCCAUGACAUGCUCUUGGUGGAGCCGCUGAACCGCCUCCUGCAGGACAAGUGGGACAGAUUCGUCAAGCGCAUCUUCUACUUCAACUUCUUCGUCUACUGCUUGUAUAUGAUCAUCUUCACCACGGUCGCCUACUACAGACCUGCGGGAGGCCGGCCUCCCUUUAAGCUGAAACACACUGUAGGGGACUAUUUCCGAGUCACUGGAGAGAUUAUUUCUGUGGCAGGUGGUAUCUACUUUUUUUCCCGAGGGAUUCAGUAUUUCCUGCAAAGGCGGCCAUCACUGAAGACCUUGUUUGUGGACAGCUAUAGUGAGAUGCUUUUCUUCAUGCAGUCGCUGUUCAUGCUGGCGACCGUGGUGCUGUACUUCUGCCACUGCAAGGAGUACGUGGCCUCCAUGGUGUUCUCCCUGGCCAUGGGCUGGACCAACAUGCUCUACUACACCCGCGGCUUCCAGCAGAUGGGCAUCUACGCCGUCAUGAUCGAGAAGAUGAUCCUCAGAGACCUGUGCCGCUUCAUGUUUGUUUACCUCGUGUUCCUGUUCGGGUUUUCCACAGCGGUGGUGACACUGAUUGAGGAUGAAAAGAAUGACUCUGCGUUGGCUGAGCCAUCGCCACACAGGUGGCGAGGGCAUGGCUGCCGGUCGGCCGACAGCUACAACAGCCUGUACUCCACGUGUCUGGAGCUGUUCAAGUUCACCAUUGGCAUGGGGGACCUGGAAUUCACUGAGAACUACGACUUCAAGGCUGUCUUUGUCAUCCUGUUGCUGGCCUACGUGAUUCUCACGUACAUCCUCCUGCUCAACAUGCUGAUCGCCCUCAUGGGCGAGACGGUGAACAAGAUUGCGCAGGAAAGCAAGAACAUCUGGAAGCUGCAGAGAGCCAUCACCAUCCUAGACACGGAGAAGAGCUUCCUCAAGUGUAUGAGGAAGGCCUUUCGCUCAGGCAAGCUGCUGCAGGUGGGGUACACACCUGAUGGCAAGGACGACUACAGGUGGUGUUUCAGGGUGGACGAGGUGAACUGGACCACCUGGAACACCAACGUGGGCAUCAUCAACGAAGACCCAGGCAACUGCGAGGGCAUCAAGCGCACCCUGAGCUUCUCCCUGCGGUCAAGCCGAGUUGCAGGGAGGAACUGGAAGAACUUUGCCCUGGUUCCCCUCUUACGAGAUGCAAGUACUCGAGAAAGGCACCCUGCCCAGCCUGAAGAAGUUCACCUGAGGCACUUCACAGGGUCCCUCAAGCCCGAAGAUGCUGAGGUCAUCAAAGAUUCUGCUGCUUUAGGGGAGAAGUGA